UUUCUUUCUUUCAUUAUUUAAUGCCUAUUUCCUACCAGACACAAAUUCGUUCAGAUCCAAUUCUUUAUAGCUUAAAGAAUUCACUACAAUUACACCCACAUCUAUCCAAUCAAACAUUAGCACCCAUCUUAAAUGUGCCUGAUAAAAAUGUCAUGAUCGACAGACUGAUUCAUGCAGCAGCAGAUAUUCUUAAUUCCAUCAAAUCAACAAAUCGUUCCACAAGAGCAAUCUCAACUACAGACUUUAUUCGCGAGAUCUUGAAGCGAUCUAGAGCUACUUACUCCAUGCUUCAACUUGCCUUAUUCUAUAUAUUUCGUAUCAAGAAGACCAACCAAGCUGUCCCUUGUUCCAGACGUAUGUUUCUGGCUGCUUUAAUUAUUGCAUCUAAGUAUCUUAAUGACAAGAACUACAAGAACAAGGCAUGGGCCAAGAUCACCAGUCUUACCGUGCAUGAAAUCAAUAGUACAGAAAUUGUGUUCCUAAAAUUAAUUGAUUAUCAAUUGUAUGUGUCGAAGCCACUGUAUGACAAAUGGGUGUCCUUAUUAAUCAAUCAUAUCCAAAAGAGACCGUUGCCUAAAGAGACACCAGGUUUAACCAGUGAUUCGGCUAGUGAUACCUCUUCUCCUCCCUCCACUCCUCCUCCUGUUACAAUUAGUCGUAAACGAUCCUGUUCUUUUUCUCCAAUGCCAACUAUCAAGCAUCAAAGACAACUUUAAUACCCACAUACCCUUACAACUAACUAUUUUGUACAUAUCUUAAUAAAAUUAUUCUUCUUAUUACAAA